AUGACGGGCUUUUUCCAGGAGGCGUCUCGCAACGACCUGCUGUCCGCUGAACAGGAGAAGGACCUGUACUUGUUGGUGCAGCAGCACCUCAAGUAUGAGGAGCUUGGCCGCGAGCUCACCGAGCGCCUGGGCGGCCGCACGCCUACCGACGAGGAGUGGGCCGAGGCCGCCGGCGCGACGGGCCCCGAGUCGUUCCGCGCGGCGCGGCAGGCGGCGGCGGCGGCGAAGCAGCUGAUGGUGCGCGCCAACAUGCGGCUGGUGGUGUCGGUCUGCAAGAAGUACCAGAACCUCGGGAUGUGCAUGAGCGACCUGGUGUCUGAGGGCAUCGCGGGCCUCGUGAAGGGCGUGGAGAAGUUUGACGGGUCAAAGGGCUUCAAGUUCAGCACGUACGCCCACUGGUGGAUCCGCCAGGGCGUCACGCGCGCGCUGACCGACCAGGGGCGGCUCGUCAGGCUGCCGGUGCACAUGCAGGAGCUGCUGAGCCGCGCCCAGCGCACCUCGAAGGAGAUGGAGGCGCAGCUGAUGCGCAAGCCGACGCGAGCUGAGGUGGCGCAGCAGAUGGGCGUCGAGGUGGAGAAGCUGGACGAGACCUACCAGUACCUGCAGGCUGUCCGCAGCCUGGAGGGCGCCGUCGGCGGCGACGCGGAGGGCGCAACCCUGGGGGACACGGUGGAGGACGAGUCAGCGCUGGACGCUGACGAGGCGUCCCUGAUGGCCGGCCUGCGCGACGACAUGGCGCGCCUGCUGGAGCGCCUGCCCGCGCGCGAGGCGGCGGUCAUGCGGAUGCGGUACGGGCUGGAGGGGGAGGCGUACACGCUGGACGACAUCGGGCGGAUCCUGAAGAUCACGCGUGAGCGCGUGCGCCAGAUCGAGGCCAAGGCGCUGCGCGCGCUGCGCUCUGACAUGGGCACCAUGGAGGGUUCCAUGGGCGAGUACAGCGACGCCAGCUUCGGCGACGAGCGGCUCGCGGCGCGCACGUCCAGCGGUACCAAGAAGACGUGA